ACUGAAGUCGUUAGGUGCUGGUAACGUUAAAUAUAAGGGGGACAUUUAUUAUGACGUUAGCUAGGCUGGCAGUUACUUCUGAUAUUUUUUUCAACAGACAAUGCCUGUAGUUUGGUAACGUUACAGUCUUCAAAUGGCUUACUGGAUCUGUUGCAACUCCUGCUUCCUCUCCCCCAGUGCUGAAAGAAAACUAGCUGUCACAACCUGUGGCCAUAUCAUCUGUAGUAUCUGUUAUCAGAAAGGCAAACCAGGUCAGUGUUUAAUAUGCAACACCAAAUGCCAAGUAUCACCUCUCACUGACAAAAGCAGCUCAGAGGUGAAGGCCCUGUUCUCCGACAUCAAUGUUGUGGCAACCAAACACUUCACGGAAAUCAGCAAAGUUCUAAUGUUCCAGGCAAGACAUCAAAAGAGACUGUUGACCUACUACCAGCAAAGGAAUGAGAAACUAGAAGAUGUGUUAGUCAAGAUGAAGCAAGAAAUGCAGCAGAUGGCAAAGAAGCUGAAUGAACAGAGUGCCUACAUCACUAAGCUGGAAAACUCUUUUCAGCAUCAGAGUGCCAAAGUUUCAUCAGGGCCUCAGAUGAGCCACAGUUCCCAUACUCCACAUGGACAUAAAUCAGUCCUACAGAUGCAGUAUAACUCCCCCUUGUCCCUCUCAAGACACUCCUCAACGACUAAUAUCACUGAAAACAUGGACCUGGAUGAAAGAAGUCUGUUCAGAAAACCUAACACUGUCCCCAGACUGUCAUUGAUCAGUCCUCCACAAGAUGGACGGAUGGGCACCAUCCCUCACAGGUCGUCCAAUCAAAACAUGUUGGCGAACCAUUCUGCACGCUCUGCCACAGUCAGUCGUUUUCAAGGAUCUCCAGUGACCCCAGAUAUUUCAUACGACCAGAGUUCUGGAUGGAAGUCUCCCAUCUUCAAACCUCUCUCCUCCUUCAGACACUCCAUGGCCUCCCUGGUUUGCCCUCCUCCUUAACAAACACACACAUAAACUGACAUGAAGCCUUUAGAGGAAAUACACCUGGCCACUGACGUGUAUAUAGAGGUAUUUAUGUCUCUCACAACCUAAAAUGAGUCACCAAAGAGUUUGUGUAAUGUGUUUUAACGACCCCGGAUUCACAGAUGAAAUUUAUUUGGCUUGUAUUGUACUGUACAUUGAUGACUAAACUCUUUCUGUGUUGUUGAAUUGUCUCACAAUGAAUUAAAGGGUUGAAAUGAUGACAC